GUUGAGAGUCGUUGUUGAGCCGCUGUUGAGCAGAUCGCUGCCGCCACCUCUGUGGAGGCCGACGCCCAAGGAGUAGUACGUGAUGCCGAAGAGCGGCGCUACCGCAAUACCGAACAUAACUAUGCCUGUGACGACGCUGCCGAACGCGACUGAGACCGCGCUCACCGCGGAUGGGCUCGAGUUCAGCGACAAGGAGAUGACGGUGAAGAUCAGGACGGACCCCUUGAGCUUGUCGGGCCUGUGCCCACUCGAGCGGUCGGACGUGACGAGCUUCAUGGACUUUCUGAAGCGCGUGCGGCCGGCGGGGACGACCCCUGAUCCGGCGUCUUUCGCAAAGCAAGUGCAGCGGUACGAAACCAUGUGGGUGCCGUUCAUGAAGAAGCACGCGACGACGGGCGCUCGCGGCGAUGUGUGCCUCUGCCCCCCGCCCGACGUGCACUUUGCGUGGAUCGCGCACAUGCUGAACCCGAAGGCAUACGAGAAGGACACGCAGCGUGUUUUCGGGCGCGUGAUCGAUCACAACGUGGCGGACAUCGAGGGCAAGGAGAAGAAGACGCGCCCCCUCUGGGAGGCAAUGUUCGGGCCCGGGUCGUGGGUGGCUGACCACGUCCCGACAAAGACGGAGGACAGGGGUGCCCCCCUGGCGUCGUGCGACCUGGCCGCGGCGUGCAAGCGCCAGUCCGGGUUCUGGUACCAGCUGAGCCUGCCGCACCACACCGAGCCUGCGUUCCUGAAGGAGUCGUUCGCGCGUUACCGGAAGUUCCUUCUGCUGACGAAGACCGAGCCGAAGCUGUUCUCGGUGCCGACGUACGACAUCGACCUCGUGUGGCACUGCCACCAGUUGCACCCGCUGCUCUACGCGAGCGAGACGCGCAGGCUCCUCGGGACGAUGCUCGGCCACGACGACUCCGUGGACGACCGGUCGGAAGGGUCGAAGCUCAUCAACGGCUGGGACGCGACGCAGGCAGCGUGGAAGGCUGCGUACGGCGAGAGCUACGCGCGGGAGGGGGCGAUGCACCGCGGGCAGCACCCGACCGAGGUGUUCCGCGCGCCCCCUGCCGACACCGACAUCCGCACGUUGCAGCCCCAGGCGGCGGGGUGCUGCGGGCUGUUCUCUGUGAAGAACAUGACGUGCACGUUGGACAUCUGGAGAGGGAGCAGGUCCGAGCUGGUGUUCGGCGUGGAGGGGACGGCGGAGUGGCUGUCGGCGCUGACAGUGCGAUGCACGGGGUUCACCGGCACAGGGACCCCCACCUUGGACGUCGUCGACGACGACGACGGGUCCUUGUACGCCCGCGUGCAGCAGCACACCCCCGGGCACGUGCUGCCCCCGGGGCCCGGGGCGCCGUUCCUCGUCCAGGACAUCAGGGGCGACGUGGCGGUGGUGCGGGGGCGGUGGACCGGCAGCGAGAACUUCACCUUCACGGUGGAGGACCUGCGCCCGGGUCAGAACAACACGUACUCCGGCUCCUGGGUCGGCGGGCAGGACAGCAAGCUGCACCUGCACGACACGUGGGGAAUCGCGGUGGACCUCAAGAAAGGCGAGGUGUCGUUUUCGUUCAAGAACAAGAAGCACGCCGGCGUGCACCCCGCCAGCCCCGUGGCAGUGCACCUUGCGGUUGCGCUGGCGAUGGUUGCGGCGCGCUCGGCCACUCAGCCGGAUGGCAAGACGGCUGCGCUGAUCCCGUGCAGGGAGGGGGGUUGGAUUCUGGGAAUACUGGGAAACCGCGAGGCCAGGGAUAGGAGGGAGCGGGAAGAGGCUGCGAUGCGGCAGAAGUUGAAGCUCCUGCAGUACUCUAAGGCGGCGGCCAACCUCCUCAAGCACAUGUCCGAGGUCGAGCGCCCGAUGGUGAGGGAGGCCGUGAAGGAGAUCUUCGCCUGGGUGGGCGUGGUGUCGGACAUCGCCACCAAGGAGGACUUCGAGGGAAAGCUCACCGAGAUCACCGAGAAGAUCGGCACCGUGGUCGCCGCCGCCGAGGCGAAGGAGGAGGAGGAGGCGGGAAAGAGGCGGCAGAAGAAGAAGCUCCAGCAUUACAUUUUGGCGGCGACCAACCUCCUCAAGCACAUGUCCGAGGUCGAGCGCCCGAUGGUGAGGGAGGCCGUGAAGGAGAUCGACGACUGGGUGGACGAGGUGUCGGACAUCGCCACCAAGGAGGACUUCGAGGGCAAGCUCACCGAGCUAGCCGAGAAGAUCGGCACCGUGGUCGCCGCCGCCGAGGCGGAAAAGAGGCGGCGGGAGGCAGAGGAGAGGAGGAGGCGGGAGGAGGAAGAGGAGAGGAGGAGGGAGGAGGAGGCGGAGAGGAGGGCAGCAGCAUGCGGCGGCGCGAGUUCUAGCGGGGCCAGUUGCGGUGCCGCCAGCUGCGGGUGCUUCGGCUCGUCCAGCACGGUCGUGGUCGCCGCGCCCGGCGCAGUUGAAACCCGCCGCGUCGCAGACGUGCGCGCUGGCGACGUGGUGCUUACCGCGGGCGGGGCGCGGGCGACCGUGCUCUGCGUGGUCGUGGUGGCGCGGAGCACCGCACGGCCGCUUGUGGAGCUGGAAGGGGGGCUGGUCGUGUCGUCGGGCCAUCCGGUGCGCGUGGGCGGUACCUGGCGCAAGCCGGGCUCGCUGUCGCGCACCUGCGUCCCGCACGAUGGCACCGUCUACAACUUUGUGCUUGACUGUGAGCACGUGCUCCUCGUCAACGGCGUCGAGUGCGUCACGCUGGGCCACGGGCUCGCCGAGCCGGCGGUCGCGCACUCGUACUGGGGAACGGAAGCGGUGCUGCGGGACCUGGAGGGGCUGCCGGGCUGGGCGGACGGUCGCGUGCGCGUGCCUGGGUUCGCUCGGGACGGCAGCGGGCGUGUGGUGGGGCUGGCGGGUGCGGCGGCUUGCCCGUGAUCGCCACGCUCACAAGCACCCCCAUUAUGCUCAAUUGUAUGUAUGUAACUAGUGAGACGAUUUAGGUUUGGGGAGGGCGCGAGUGGGAGACUUUUCGGCGGGCGAAAUGCGGCGGGUUGGAUGCGUCCUCUUGGGACGACCUUGUGGGACGACUUGUGGGACGACCUAACGAUUACCCCCUGAUCAUCACUAGAAU